GGAAUACAUGACAAUUAGAAACCACCCCAUAAGAAGCACAGCUCUCCACUGAAUUUCCAACACCGGUGGAGACUUGGGUUAAAGUAGAGAGAGAGAGAGAGAGAGAGUGCGCAGAAUAUAGAUAUUUCCUAAAAUAUUCAAGGUAGAUGGGGAGAAGCCCCUGUUGCGCAAAGGAAGGGUUGAACAGAGGUGCAUGGACUGCGUCUGAAGACAAAAUUCUGAGAGAUUACAUUAAGCUCCAUGGGGAAGGCAGUUGGAGAAACCUUUCUAAGAAAGCAGUUCUUGCAGGUCUAAAAAGAUGUGGAAAGAGUUGCAGGCUGCGAUGGCUGAAUUAUCUAAGGCCAAAUAUUAAGAGAGGGAACAUAUCUCAUGAUGAGGAAGAGCUCAUCAUUAGGCUUCACAAGCUCUUGGGUAACAGAUGGUCUCUAAUAGCUGGGAGGCUACCGGGACGAACAGACAAUGAAAUAAAGAACUACUGGAACACCAACUUAUGCAAGAAGGUAGCUGACGACCACUGCUCAAAAAAAUCCAAGAAUAAGGGGAAGAACAACCCUACCAUUCCCAAAACGGAGAUGAACGAGUCCCAAGUGGUCCGAACCCGAGCAAUGAGGUGCACCAAGGUCUUCAUUAGCCCACAGCUACAGAAAACUACUACCGGUGCUUCUGUUAAACCAAUAUUGGAGUCAAUUCCAUCGCCAUUCACUGCCCAAGACAACAAUCCUUCGACGUCGGAGGACGACGACCUCAUGUUGGAUGUGAACAUGGUGGACGUUUUCUUGUCUGAUAUUCUGAAUUCGGACUUCGAUGCCCCAUGUUAUUUCGAUUGCAGCGGGUAUAAAUGUAACGAUUUAUCGGCGCCCGCCGCACCAGAUGGAACCCUAAUUUGUUCCAAGGAUGUGAUGGAGGAUGGGACAGUAAACAAUUUCCUUCAACAAAAUGGGGGCUGGCUAGCAGAAUAAUUAAUCCAACAUUGUAUAUAUUGUCUGUGGGCUCCACUCUACUAAAAGUGUAACCUAAGGUGAAUAAUUUUGUAGUAUGAUUUUGGCAAUUUGUCAAUAUGGUUAGGUGGAAAGGGAUUCACAUGCA